AUGUUCUCCCUUCGCACCGCUGUGCGGAGAGCUUCCACCACUAAGCCCCUCCGCGCGCUCUCCGCACCGCACGCCUCUGCCAGACUUUCCUCUCCCACAGCCCGCGCUGCGCUGAAGGCUUCUGCGGUGCCGUUGCUGCAGAGCCGUCAGUACUCCCGCGCCUCCGAUUCUCAGCUUUCCUCUACCCGGACCACCGUCGUCCAGCUGCUGAGCAACAUCGGCUCGAAGCGCGAGGUCCAGCAGUACCUUUCGCACUUUACCUCGGUCUCCUCCCAGCAGUUCGCGGUCAUCAAGGUCGGCGGUGCAAUCAUCACAGAACACCUCGAGACCCUCUCGUCCGCCCUCGCCUUCCUUAACCAUGUCGGUCUGUACCCUAUCGUCGUCCACGGCGCCGGCCCCCAGCUGAACCGCAUGCUCGAGGAUGCCGGUGUCGAGCCCCAGUUCGAGGAUGGUAUCCGAGUUACAGACGGCAAGACAUUGGCUCUGGCCCGCAAGCUCUUCCUGGAGGAGAACCUGAAGCUGGUUGAGGAGCUGGAGCGCAUGGGUGUGCGCGCUCGUCCUCUUACUGCUGGUGUCUUCCAGGCCGACUACCUUGACAAGGAGAAGUAUAACCUUGUCGGUAAGAUCAACGGCGUUAACAAGAAGCCUAUUGAGUCUGCCAUUGAGGCCGGCUGCCUUCCCAUCCUGACUUCCAUGGCCGAGACCCCCGAUGGACAGGUGCUCAACGUCAACGCCGAUGUCGCUGCUGGUGAGCUGGCGCGCUCCCUUCAGCCCCUCAAGAUCGUCUACCUCGCCGAGAAGGGCGGUCUGUUUAACGGUGAUACUGGUGAGAAGAUCUCCAGCAUCAACCUCGAUGAGGAAUACGACCACCUCAUGACACAGUGGUGGGUGCGUCACGGCACUCGUCUGAAGAUUAAGGAGAUGAAGGAGCUGCUCAGCGAUCUUCCUCGUACCUCUAGCGUUGCUAUCAUCCACCCUGCCGACCUGCAAAAGGAGCUCUUCACUGACUCCGGUGCUGGAACUCUUAUCCGACGGGGUAACAAGGUCCACACCAAGACUUCUCUUUCCGAGUUUGAAGACUUGGCCCAGCUCAAGGAGGUUCUUGUUCGUGACCGGGAAGGUCUUGACGCUCGCGCGACCGUCGACCGUUACGUCGAGGGUCUGAAGGAGCGUGAGUUCAAGGCUUACUACGACGAGCCCAUGGAGGCCCUCGCCGUUGUUCUGCCCCAGACCAAGGAUGCCGUUUCCUCCGCGUCUCACCUUGCUACAUUCACCAUCACCAAGUCUGGGUGGCUGACCAAUGUGGCUGACAAUGUCUUUGCUGCCAUCAAGAAGGACCACCCCAAGCUUGUCUGGACUGUCAAGGAGGAUGACGAGAACCUCACCUGGUUCUUUGACAAGGCUGAUGGUAGUCUGAGCCGAGAUGGCGAGGUUCUUUUCUGGUACGGCGUUGAGAGCGGCGAUGAAGUGAAGCUUUUGGUUCAGGAAUUCUCUCAGCACGGCCGUCAGAUGUUCGGUGACAUCAACCUCGAGUCCCGACUUCAACGCGCUGCCCACGCGGCUGCCAACAUUGGUAAGCCCCUGGGCGCUGCUGCUGGACAGAAGCGUACCUUCUCCACCACCAGCAACGCUCUCCGCGCUGCCCGCUUCGGACGCCCUUCGGCCCCCGUCCAGACCAUCCGCACCUACGCCACCACCAACCCUAACCCUCCCCUCGGUGAGAAGAACAACUCAAACCCCAAGCCCUCCAAGGUUGCUCUCAUUGGUGCCCGUGGCUACACUGGACAGGCUCUGAUCAACCUUAUCAACGCCCACCCUCACAUGGACCUGCGCCAUGUUUCUUCUCGCGAGCUGGCUGGCAAGAAACUGCAGGGCUACGACAAGCGCGAGGUCAUUUACGAGAACCUGAGCCCCGAGGAUGUCAAGCGCAUGUCAUCCAACGGUGACGUCGACUGCUGGGUUAUGGCCCUUCCCAACGGUGUCUGCAAGCCUUUCGUCGACGCCGUCGACCAGGGUGCCCAGGAUGGAAACGUCAUCAUCGACCUCAGCGCCGACUACCGCUUCGACGAGAAGUGGACCUACGGCCUUCCCGAGCUGGUCAGCCGCUCCAAGAUCGCCCAGGCCACUCGCAUUGCCAACCCUGGCUGCUACGCCACCGGUACCCAGCUCGCCAUUGCUCCUAUUGUUCCUCAUCUCGGUGGCCAGCCCACCGUUUUCGGUGUGUCCGGUUACUCUGGCGCUGGUACCAAGCCCAGCCCCAAGAACGACGUCCAGAACCUCACCAACAACAUCAUCCCUUACUCUUUGACCGACCACAUCCACGAGCGUGAGAUCAGCGCUCAGCUCGGUACUCCCAUCGCCUUCUCUCCUCACGUCGCUGUUUGGUUCCAGGGUAUCCACCUCACCAUUAACAUUCCUCUCAAGGAGGCCAUGUCCUCUCGCGACAUUCGCAACAUCUACCAGGACCGCUACGCUGGUGAGAAGCUUGUCAAGAUCAUUGGCGAGCCCCCAGUCGUCAAGAACAUUGCAGGCCGACACGGCGUUGAAGUCGGUGGCUUCGCCGUUCACUCUAAGGAGAACCGCGUCGUUGUUUGCGCCACCAUUGACAACCUUCUCAAGGGUGCUGCCACCCAGUGCCUGCAAAACAUGAACCUCGCCCUCGGAUACAGCGAGUACGAGGGUAUUCCUCUUGAAUAG